CUCUCUGUCCGUCUUUGGUGAAAGCAGAACAGCGUCAGUCUCACCUGAGUGUGUGUGUGUGUGUUACCUGUCUGUGUACAGAGCGACAGACAGGAAGUGACAGAAGAAGAAAAGAAGAAGAAGAAGAAGAAGGAGAGGAAGACUUUCCUCCUCUUCCUCUCCGGAGGGUCUCGGUGUGAACAUGGAGUGGACCGGAACUUUCCUUCUGUCCUCGUGCCUCGCUCUCAUUUCACUGGGACUAACGGGCGCGCGCGGGGAAACCUUUAAAGCCUGUCUGUCUCCUCAGUCUCCAGAAUGUCCUCUGGUUCAGUCCAAAGACGACGACUUUGACUGGGAGCAGGGAGACACGAGAGAGAGACCAGUCACCAGCUCCUGGAUCCCUGCAGGUUCCUCCUUCCUGUUUGUGAACACGUCUGGUCGCCAUGGCGGCCAACGAGCUCAGCUGCUGAUGCCCCGCCUCAAAGAGAACGACACCCACUGUGUCAGUUUCCUGUUUUACCAGGAAGGAGGGAGAGAGGGCGCCACCCCCGCCACGCUCAAUGUCUACGUCAAAGAGAACAACAGUCCUCUGGGAGUUCCCGUCUUUAACUCAUCAGGCCCCGCCUACCAUGUGUGGAAGGGGGUGGAGCUAGCUGUGUCCACAUUCUGGCCGAACUACUAUCAGGUUGUGUUUGAGGCACUCAGCACCGGUCACAGAGGAGUUCUGGCCAUCAAGGACAUCACACUACAGGGACACCAGUGCAUGAACACGCCUCACUUCAUGCGCAUCAAAGGCGCGGAGGUAAACGCAGGACAGACGGCCGUGUUUCGCUGCACCGUUAACCGACAACCACAGAGCAACCUGCUGCUCUACCUGCAGGGGAUGGUAGGUCGUCAAGCUGUCGUCAGGGAAACCAAACCCAUGAACUCUGGUCGUUAUGAGGCGAGUUUUGACGUAAAAAAUACGACUAAAGGAGACUCAGGACGAUAUCGCUGCAUCGCCCAGUCAGAGAAUGGAGUGGGCGUGUCCUCCUACUCUGACCUCACUGUCAAACAACCUCCUGUACCCAUCGCUCCUCCUCAGCUGACGGCGGUUGGCGCCACAUACCUGUGGAUCCAGCUCAACGCUAACUCUAUAAACGGAGACGGGCCGAUCACAGAGAGAGAGGUGGAGUAUCGCACCACGUCAGGGAUGUUGAUUGACACAACACCUGUAGAUAAGCCCACCCACAAGGUCGGACACCUGGACCCCGACACUGAGUACGAGAUCAGCGUGCUGCUCACUCGCCCCCUGGAGGGAGGCACGGGAAACCCCGGACCACCUUUGAGAGCCAGGACCAAGUGUGCAGAUCCGCUGCACGGUCCGCGGCGUCUCGAGGUCAUCGACGUUCAGUCCAAACAGGUGACAGUUCGCUGGGAACCAUUUGGAUACAACGUGACUCGGUGCCACAGCUACAACGUGACGGCCCAGUACCGCUACAAACCUACUGGGGGCACCAGCAGGGAGCCAAUGAAGGAGGAGGUUAGGGAGGAGGAGGUGUAUGACACUUUAAGCUCCGCCCCUCAGCACACUGUGCGUAACCUCCCACCGUUCACUAACGUCAGUCUGAGACUUGUCCUCAGUAACCUGGAGGGACAUAAGGAGAGCAAGGAGCUGCAGGUGCUGACAGACGAGGACGUCCCCGGCGUCGUCCCCCUAGACUCGGUGGUCGGCAGCAGCUACGAGCAGCAGAUCAGUCUGAGCUGGAAGGAACCGCUGCAGACGUACGGUCUGAUCCGACAGUACGAGAUCUCAUACAAAGCUCUGAGCUCCUUUGACACGGAGUUCGAUCUGUCCAAUCAGAGCGGGAAGGUUUUCAAACCAGCCAAUGAGACGAGCCACGUUUUCACCGGCCUUUUCCCAGGCUCCACCUACUCCUUCACAAUAAGAGCCUCCACCGUUAAAGGCUUUGGACCUCCAGUGAUCACACAGUUCACCACCAAGAUCUCAGCUCCUCUGAUGCCAGCCUACGAUCAGGAGUCUCCACUGAACCAGACAGAGUCCAGCGUGACCAUCCUGCUGAGACCUGCUCAGAGCAGAGGAGCUCCAGUCAGUAAGUACCAGGUGGUGGUGGAGGAGGAGCGCCCCCGCAGGCAGAGGAGAGGUACUGCAGAGAUCCUGCGUUGUUAUCCGGUGCCCGUUCACUUCCAGAAUGCGACACUGCUCAACUCUCAGUAUUACUUCAGUGCAGAGCUGCCCAUGAGUGACCUGAGGACACCUGUGUCCUUCUGUGUCGGUGAUAACAGGACGUACAGUGGUUACUGGAACGCUCCUCUGCUGCCUCACAAGAGUUAUGGCAUCUACUACCAGGCUGUGAGCUCGGCCAAUGGGGAGACAAAGAUCGACUGUGUUCGAGUGGCCACUAAAGCUGCUAUAAUCGUCACGCAGCUCACCACACCGUAUAUACGCAUCGCUCCAGCGGCUGGAGACAAACAGCUGACAGGAGCUGCCACCAGAAAACCAGAACCAGAACAGGGGAACCAGUCGGAUCACACGGUGAAGAUCGCCGGAGCCAUCGCUGGGGUUUUACUCUUCAUCAUCAUCUUCCUCGGUGUCAUCCUGCUGAUGAAGAAACGACGAAGAAACUCUCAGUCCUACACUUACUACCUGAAGUUGGCAAAGAAGAGGAAGGAAACUUUGAGCUCCAGACAGGAAAUGACUCUGAUGGUCAACAGUUCCCAACACACAACCAUGGUGGACACACACUCACACACACUGAACGGACACUCUGUUUCAUCUCCAUCCUCCUUCACUCUGAAGACAAACACCAUUAGCACCACAGUCCCUAACUCCUACUACCCAGAUCCCUUCGUACCGACGGCCAUUUUGGACGACAGUCACAUGAUGACCAGUGAGACCAGUAGCCUCGUCCAGUCUCACUACAAGCAGAGGGAGGCGGAGCGAGAGGCGGUGCCUUAUCAGACGGGUCAGCUGCACCCGGCCAUCAGAGUCGCUGACCUCCUGCAGCACAUCACACAGAUGAAGUGUGCUGAGGGUUACGGCUUCAAGGAGGAGUACGAGAGUUUUUUCGAGGGACAGUCGGCUCCAUGGGAUUCAGCUAAAAAGGACGAAAACCGUAUGAAGAAUCGCUACGGCAACAUCAUCGCUUACGACCACUCUCGUGUGCGUCUGCAGCCUCAGGAUGGAGAGAGCGGCUCUGACUACAUUAAUGCUAACUAUGUGGAUGGUUACCACAGACCCAAUCACUACAUCGCCACGCAAGGUCCCAUGCAGGAGACGGUGUAUGACUUUUGGCGAAUGAUUUGGCAGGAGAACACCGCUGCCAUUGUCAUGGUGACCAACCUGGUGGAGGUGGGGCGGGUGAAGUGUUGUAAAUACUGGCCUGAUGACACUGAGAUUUACGGUGACAUGAAAGUGACUUUGAUCGAGACUCAGCUGCUGUCGGAGUAUGUGAUCAGAACAUUUGCUGUUGAAAAGAGGGGCGUGGCAGAGAUCAGGGAGAUCCGUCAGUUUCAUUUCACCGGUUGGCCUGACCACGGUGUUCCGCUCCACGCCACCGGCCUGCUUGGCUUCAUCCGCCGUGUCAAGGCUAAAACUCCGCCCACUGCUGGUCCCACUGUGGUUCACUGCAGUGCGGGAGCGGGGCGUACAGGUUGUUUCAUAGUGAUUGACAUCAUGCUGGAUAUGGCAGAGAGAGAGGGCGUGGUUGACAUCUACAACUGUGUCAGAGAGCUGAGAGCACGGAGAGUUAACAUGGUCCAGACUGAGGAGCAGUACGUCUUCAUCCACGAUGCCAUCUUGGAGGCGUGUCUCUGUGGAGACACAGCGAUUCCAGCCAAUCAGCUGCGGUCGGUUUAUUAUGAGAUGAACCGACUGGAGCCUCAGACCAACUCCAGUCAAAUCAAAGAGGAGUUCAGGACUCUGAACAUGGUGACCCCAACGCUGCGGGUCGAGGACUGCAGCAUCGCUCUGUUGCCUAGAAACCACGAGAAGAACCGCUGCAUGGACGUGUUACCUCCCGACCGCUGUCUGCCCUUCCUCAUCACCAUCGACGGAGAAAGUUCCAACUACAUCAAUGCUGCAUUGAUGGACAGCUACAAGCAGCCCUCAGCUUUCAUCGUUACCCAGCAUCCUUUGCCAAACACAGUGAAGGACUUCUGGCGUCUGGUUCUCGACUAUCACUGCACGUCCAUCGUUAUGCUGAACGAUGUGGAUCCUGCACAGCUGUGUCCUCAGUACUGGCCAGAGAACGGUGUCCAUCGCCUGGGCUCGCUGCAGGUGGAGUUUGUCUCUGCAGACCUGGAGGAGGACGUCAUCAGUCGCAUCUUCAGGAUCUACAACACGGCCAGGCCGCAGGACGGGUACCGUAUGGUUCAGCAGUUCCAGUUCCUGGGUUGGCCCAUGUACCGGGACACGCCCGUGUCCAAGCGCUCCUUCCUCAAACUUGUCCAUCAGGUGGACAAAUGGCAGGACGAGUAUGACGGCGGCGAGGGACGCACGGUCGUGCACUGCCUGAACGGCGGUGGACGCAGUGGCGUGUUCUGCAGCGUCAGUAUCGUGUGUGAGAUGUUGCGUCAGCAGCGCUGCGUGGACGUCUUUCACGCUGUCAAAACUUUAAGAAACAACAAACCAAACAUGGUCGACCUGCUGGAACAAUAUAAAUUCUGUUAUGAAGUCGCUCUGGAAUAUCUCAACUCUGCUUAGCUUCAAAUCAUGGAGGAGGAAGAGGAGGGGCGUGGUGAUGAAAAGGAGGAGGAGCUGGAUGUUUUUGCACUGCCUUGUUGACUGAAUGAGUCUUGCAUUGACACAGACUCACUUUCACGUGUCACAUUGUUGUUUUGUUGUUGUUUUGUUGUUGUACUGAUGAACUGAAACUAAAAGAACCAAAACAAAAAAAUUAAAAGAUGAGUUGGCCGAGGGUGGAGCCUUGA